GAUGUAACUCCGGUCCUGCAUGCCGAGCGCGAGCGCAUUACUGCAGGAAUUGCGUGCGGUUAAAAAACGUGCUCAUUUUGGUUGCCGGUUUUCGCGCGUUUAGACCACGUUUUAUUAUAAAAAUUGGUACUUCAUUUUGAAAACAUUGUAAGAGUCGGUGUUUCUCUGGUUCUGUACAAAAUGGCGGACAGCCGAUAUUGGUCAAAAGAAAUUGUUGCAAACUUUAUAGAAAUUUACAAAGGCCAUCCAUGUCUUUGGAAAGUGAAAUCCAAAGAUUACACUAACAAAAAUUUAAAAAAUCUUGCAUAUGACAAGCUAGUUGACUUUUGCAAAACGUUUAAUACAGAAGCAAAUAGAGAUUAUGUGAUAAAAAAAAUUCAGAGCUUCCGGGGCUCUUUCCGUAAAGAACUGAAAAAGCUUUUGCAAUCGAAAAGGAGCGGAGCAGGAGUGCCGGAUGUGUAUGAACCAACGCUCUGGUACUAUGAUCUACUACUUUUUACUUGCGAUCAAGAGAUACCAAACGCAAGUGUGCAGAGUAAUAUGUCUCAUGACGAAACAGUAGUCGAUAAUAAUAGCCAGGAUGAUGAGGAAGAAGAAAAUCAAGACACACAACUUUCAGAACACACUGAAUGGGAAACAGAUGAACUUGUGGAGGAAAGAAGAGAAAAUAAAUCUAAUAAGGACCUUUUAUUGACUGAGAAUGAUAAUGCUUCAAAUUCAACUCCAAAAUCCGCAUAUUCAUCAGGGAUGAAAUCUCUUAGUACCACACCAAGGCAGAAAAAGAAAACCACUAUUAAGAAGAGAAAUGAAGAAUUUAUGGAAUUUUGUAAGCAGCAACUUCAAGCACACAAUGAUAUCGAUGAAUAUGAUGCAGUUGGAAUUUCAUGGGCCAAAGAAUUAAAAAGAAUGAACCCCGAACAAGCUGUUUAUGCUGAAAGCUUAAUCAAUAGCAUUGUUUCUCGUGGUUUAUUAAAUAAGCUGUCAGAUGCGGUUACAUUGUCCGACGCAAAUGAGCAAAGACCUGCAUCAUCUUCAUCAUCUUAUACCUUAAACUCAUCAGAUAGCAGGCAGUGUUGGCAAGUUACAUUGCCAUGCGAAGAUGCACCACAACCUCCUGUUGUUGUACCCUCAAGCAGUUUAGUAGAGUAUUACACAUCUAUUGCUAAUAUUAAUACGAAUGAAUAGUGUAAAUAAUAAAAUAAUAAACUUACCUUCAUGUAUUCUUUCUUCAGAACCUGGUAAAGAGCUUUACAAGUUUCAGGAAUAAUUUGACA